GUAUUUGGCUAAAAAAAGAAAACAAAUUAAAAAUGCGUACAAGCAGAGCAUCUUCUUCAGUGACCGAAAAAUGGCUGCUUUUCACACAGCUCUGUCUCUUGAAGGAUCUCGUAAUCAGAUGCGUACGUCAGUUCAUCAGAAGAGCUAAAUCGAUGCUCCUGAGUCAAAACGUCGUCGUUGAACCCACCGCUGAGAUCAACGUUAAGUCAUCAUCAUCAUCUCAGCAAGAUCUCAACAAUAGCUUUCAGAUUGCUCAAGUUCGAAUCAACGACUCUGUCUGUAUCGAGAUUCCUGUUCCUGAAGACACCCCUCUGUUGAGAUCGGUGAAGAAGACUUGUUCUGUAGCUGCUGCAACUACUGUUGAAGAGACUGUUACUACCGAGUUUGUCCCUAAAAUAAGUUCCGGGAGUUAUGCGGAUAAAGGUGAAUCCAGGGAGUACAUGGAGGAUGAACACAUAUGCAUAGACGACCUCUCAUCUCAUCUCGGCUCUUCUUUCUUCAGAUUCCCUGUUCCCGUUGCUUUCUACGGUGUCUUUGAUGGCCACGGUGGAUCUCAAGCUUCUCGCUAUAUCAAAGAGAACGCAACGAGAUUGUUCUUUGAAGAAGACGCUGUUUUCAGAGAGUCUCACUCCACUGUGAACGCGUUUCUCUUGCGAGAAGUGGAGAGAUCUCACCGGAGAGCUUAUAGGUUAGCUGAUCUCGCCAUGGAAGAUGAGAGCGUCGUUAGUGGUUCUUGCGGGACAACGGCAUUGACAGCUCUCGUGAUCGGACGGCACUUGAUGGUUGCUAACGCAGGUGAUUGUCGUGCGGUGCUGUGCAGGAGAGGGAGAGCUGUUGAUUUGUCGUUUGAUCACAAAUCCACGUUGGAUGCGGAGCGGAGACGGGUUGAGGAGUUGGGAGGGUACUUUGAAGGGGAGUAUAUAUACGGUGAGCUCGCCGUUACGAGAGCUCUUGGAGAUUGGUCAGUGAAGAGGCUUUCAUCUUCUUUGUCGCCUCUGAUCUCGGACCCGGAGAUUAAACAGAUGGUUCUGACGGAGGAAGAUGAGUUUUUGAUAAUGGGAUGCGACGGUGUUUGGGACGUGAUGACGAGCCAGUAUGCUGUUACGUUCGCCAGGCAAGGGCUGAGGAGACACGGUGACCCGAGGAGAUGUGCGAUGGAACUUGGAAGGGAAGCGUUCAGGCUUGACACGUCGGAUAACGUAACGGUUGUGGUCAUCUGCUUCACGUCGUCACCCCCAGCUUCUCAGAGGAGGAGAAUACAGUUUUGUGUUUCUGAUGAAGCCAGAGCCAAGUUGCAGACGAUGCUACAAGGCUAAAACUGAGACUUGAGGGGGACAAAUGUAUAUAAUCAUAGAAAGCAGAGAUAUUGGAUGAAUAAAACAAAAGAGAAGAUGAAGGGAAUUUACUUGUGUUUUGUUGUUUAAGAUGUGCAUCAAGUGUUGUAGCCAAUUUUUGAUGUGUUUGUUUGGCUAUUUUCUCCCGUAGAGGAUUAUUGAACACUUGUGUACAAAAACUGAUUCUAAGACUAGAGGCGAAUACAGGUUCUAUAAAAGUUUUCUCUCUCUUUUUUUUUUGUUUUAUUUUUACAGAUUUCGAAAAGAAUCUACUCCUAUCUUCCUUUCUCUAA